AGGGCUAAAGCCACGCCCACUGCCAGGUUUCAGUCGGACUUGUUUUUUAGAACAGCUAUUAGGGCUUUCCAAACCUCGCCGCCCUUGUCAUAAUAACUACACUGAGUGAGGGAGUAAGAAGAACACACGCAUUCCCAGCAGCAGCAACCAUGCCAGAGUGGAUCCGGACAUCAAUGCGCACUCCGGGCAUCCUGAUCUUCGGGAUGGUUUUCGCCCCAUGCGGCUUGGUCCUGAACCUGAUCGCCACCGCGGCCCCGAGCUGGAGGACCCUCAACACCCUCCCCAACACCCCCCCCGCUACCUACAUCCAGCAAGGCAUCUGGGACAUCUGCUCGGCCUCUACAAUCGGCACGGGAGUGACGUGCAAUUUGCAGGACACUUUAUAUUUCAGCAACCAGAUUAUCCGGGUAGCUCAGGGUUUGAUGGUGGCCUCCCUCAUCGUGACUCUAAUCGGACUGUGCAUCGCCAUCCCGGGGGUCCGCUGUUGGACCGACAGGCCUAACUGGGUACUAGCCGGGUUGGGCGGACUGGUGUUCUUCCUCUCAGGCGUCAUGACCCUCAUACCAAUCGCCUGGUACACCCACAUCCUCAACAGCGUCACAACGGUCACCCCUACCAUAGAUGUGCGUGUCGGCUACUGCAUCAUCCUGGGCUACAUCGGCGGGAUAUUUGAAGUCCUUGCUGGCAUCGUCAUGUCCGUCGGGAUCUGCCGUUGCUGCGGAGGGAAGAACCGAGGAGAGAGGCGGAUUGAGGAGGUCACGGGGCCCCGUUUCAGCCAUCAAAGACAGCCUCAGAGACGGGUUGAGGUGCCCAGCCUGAACCGGCCCAGGAGCAGCGCCAGCAGCGUCCCAUACUCAAAGGACUCCCUGGAUGAGGAUGUGUCCUUCCCCCGGGCCAAGAGCAACCAAGCCCGGCCUGUCAACAGCUCCUACGCCAGCAGACCCUACGAUGCCGACCUAUAAGCACAGGCACUACGUCGGGAUCUCCAUGGAGACACACAAAGAUACCCACAUGAAGGAAAAACGACUUAAAGACCGACAUGAAUAUUUGCAAAAAGGACUAAGAGUGGGAAAUAUUCUAGAAAGAAGCAAUGGUAGGCUAAUAAAAAACUGUAAUAUUGUGGAGUAUUAUAGUAAUGACGUAGCACAUAUCCCUACUGAGGCUACUCAUAAAGUUAAAUUAUUUUGAUUGCAUGAAGGACUAUUGUAGGAAUAUUUCAGUGGUACGAAGAGAUAUUCUAUAAUGUACUACUAAGUGAAGCAAAAUAUCUUUAAAAACCUAUUUGAGCAUGUGUUUCAUCAGGAACAACCAGGCACACAUCUGUAAUAGCCUAGUGUUAGAUGGUGGGCAAGUGACAGAGUGCAAUUAAUGCAGUUACAGAUGAGACUCAUUAUGGCCUUAGCUGAGUUAUGAUUCCUUCUAACAUCAUUAUGGUACAGGGCAGGUGUAUGCUUCAAGCAGUGCAGUAACGGCUAAGAUGGGGAAAUUGAAGGAAAGUGAGGAGCGCUGCAUUGUUGUAAGAGUGAAACCCUACAUUGUUUAAUAAUAACCUGAAAAAUGAUAUUGAGUUGAAGUUAGCAGUCUUUUACAUUCUGCAAAUGAUGACCUCUAUUUUUAAGGAAGCGUCUGCAUUUGUUCUUUUUUCUACAAUUAUACUGUUAAUAGAUCUUUACUGUAUUAUUAUGCACUUUACAGUUAUGACCAAUCUUGUAGGUCCUACAAAUAUGUCCUAUAUCCUGAGCUGAUCAAUAUUGUUAUUGCUCUGUGAUAAAUUUGCUGUUUAUUAAAUGUGCAUCGUUUCCUAACAACA